GAGUUGAUUUUGUUGGUAACGUAAGUUCUUUCAUUGUUCUUCACUAUUCAGACACCAGUGCGUUCCUGUCUUCCCAUUUUCAUGUAUCUUUUUUAUUAGCUGGACAGAUCUGAAACAUUUCAGCUCUGUGCAAUUUAAUUGGCAAAAGUUCUGAUACAAGAAAUACAAAUUAAUUAUUAGUUGUUUUUCUUCUAAAGCAUAAAGAUCUGCAACUUGGUUCUGCCUCUUUAAAUACCAAAAUGACGAUUAUAUACUAAUAAGACCCUUAAGUAGCCAAAUUCUAGAUGCUAUGUAGCCAAGUUAAUACGUAUAUAAAAAUAUAUUGUGAAAUUGGUAUAUAUCAUGUGCCCUUCAGUUUCGGGCAGGAUAGAUGUUGGUUUUGCACCCAACAGAUAGUAAUUGUAGGGUGUGUGGUUUUUGUUUUUGAAGAUGAAGGGUUGUUCUCAUUUUUCUUUUGCAAUCUUCACUGUAAUGACGGUCUACUACCUGACUGGCUUGAUUUUAAUCAUCUGGUGCCUGGUUCUUAGUGCAGUUUCAUCUUUGCUUUUUCACAAGCUUCCCAUAUUGCACAGUUGUUUGCAUUGAAUUUCUUUUAGUGACUAUGAAAAACAUGUUAGUGUUUUAAUGUAGGCUCCCUCCAGUUUUCAGGUUAUACCUCAAAACACAGAGGAAAAAAUCUCUUUCUGAGGAGCUCUUUUAAAAACCAUUACGGUAGAAUGGAAAUAUUCAUUAUUUAUCCAUCAUGUAUUUUUCCCUAAAUGUUGUACAAAGAAGGAGUGACAGUUGAGCUGAGCAUAUGUUAAUAAAAGGUCUGCAUUUUCCUGUGUCACUGACAGUUUCAUUGGCUGUAUAGUCCUGAAAUGCAAAUACCCUCCAUUCUGUUCAAAGCUAUAAUUAAUCUGAAUAGUUAUUUAAAUAGUAUUGAAAUCUUUUAACUACUGAGAGGCCAAACAUUUAAGAUGGUGAAUUUACUGUUCCGUUUGAAGGAUAGUGGUGUUGUUGAUGGCACAGCGAUCUGAGAUGCUAGUGUAUGUCACAUCUACACAUUCUGUAGGCUAAAAUGGCAGAAUCUGUCUGCUGCUGUAUAAAAAUCUUUUAACUACCAUUUAUUUUAGCAUCAUGGCAUGUGCAAAUUCCUGCUGCUCAGUUAAGGGACCAGCUUCACAACUGGUGUUACAAUCUGUGGCCACAGCACUGCAUCACAAUGCAGCAAAUGCAUUUUCCACAUUAACCAGACAUGACAGCUGAAGUGAUUAUUAACCAUGCAAGAUGUCGGAAGUCAUCAAAAAUUUACAUCAGAGUAAUUGUAGUGGCUUGGGUUGGAGGAAAAAAGUAUCAGAGCAUUCCUUGCCUACAUGUUGUCUCUCCCCCUCUUAAAUCUUAACUUGGUACAGUCCGUUAACAAUAAAAUACCCUUCUGUAACCUAUAAACUGUUACUCCCAUCAGUUUGGGCUUUCAAACUGAUGGCUGACUUCUCUGAAUUUUUGUAGAGCAGCCGGUGUGAUGAUGCUGUGCCCUAGGGGCUGCAUGCACCCUUUUUAAGGGGACCCUGCAAUCUUAUUGUCUAAUUGGACUCUUUAGUGCUAGUGCUUCGGUCAUAUCAACAUUUGCAGGGUGUUCCCUUUCGCUUUUUCUUAUUUCUUUCUCCUCUUUUCUCCUCCCUCCCUACCUGAUCCUUCCCACCUCUCCAUUCUGGCAGUUUGGUGUGGGAAAACUUGAGCUCUGGUUCCAACAGAGCUCAUCCCACCCACAUCGAAGGUAUGGAAGAUCUGCAGUGACCAGCGGCUUCAACUGGUCUGUAACUCCUUAAAUUUGAGAGCUGCAGGGCUUCCUGAAGAAUGAGAAGGACAAUGCCCUGCUGUCUGCCAUUGAAGAGUCCCGGAAAAGGACCUUUGGCAUGGCCGAGGAGUACCAUCGGGAGUCAAUGCUGGUCGAGUGGGAGCAAGUGAAACAGCGAAUUCUCCACACACUGCUGGCAUCAGGAGAAGAUGCUCUUGACUUUACUCAGGAAAGCGAGCCAAGUUACAUCAGUGAUGCGGGACCCCCUGGUCGAAGUUCUCUGGAUAGUAUCGAGAUGGCCUAUGCUCGGCAGAUUUAUAUCUAUAACGAGAAGAUUGUAAAUGGGCACCUGCAGCCAAACCUUGUGGACCUCUGUGCUUCCAUUGCAGAGCUGGAUGAUAAGAACAUCUCUGACAUGUGGACCAUGGUAAAACAAAUGACAGACGUGUUGUUGGCACCAGCGACCGAUGCCCUGAAGAGCCGCAGCAGCGUGGAAGUGCGUAUGGAGUUUGUCAGGCAGGCCUUGAGAUACCUUGAGCAGAGUUAUAAGAAUUACACCCUUGUGACUGUCUUUGGAAACUUGCAUCAGGCCCAGCUGGGUGGGGUGCCUGGGACUUAUCAGUUGGUUCGAAGUUUCCUGAACAUUAAACUUCCAGCUCCCUUGCCUGGACUUCAGGAUGGAGAGGUGGAAGGCCAUCCUGUGUGGGCAUUAAUUUAUUACUGCAUGCGCUGUGGAGACCUGCUUGCUGCGUCACAGGUGGUUAACCGAGCCCAGCACCAGCUGGGAGAGUUUAAAACCUGGUUCCAGGAGUACAUGAACAGCAAGGACAGAAGAUUGACCCCAGCUACAGAGAACAAGCUCCGACUGCAUUACCGCAGGGCCCUCAGGAACAACACAGACCCCUACAAGAGGGCCGUGUACUGUAUCAUUGGCAGAUGUGACAUCACUGACAGCCAGAGCGAAGUGGCUGACAAAACUGAGGACUACCUGUGGCUAAAGUUGAACCAAGUGUGUUUUGAUGACGAUGGCACCAGCUCCCCACAAGACAGGCUCACUCUCUCACAGUUCCAGAAACAGCUGUUGGAAGACUAUGGCGAGUCCCACUUCACAGGGAGCCAACAGCCCUUCCUCUACUUCCAAGUACUCUUCCUGACAGCUCAGUUCGAAGCUGCAGUUGCUUUUCUCUUCCGCAUGGAGCGGCUGCGCUGCCAUGCUGUCCACGUGGCCCUGGUGCUCUUUGAGCUGAAACUGCUUUUAAAAUCCUCAGGACAGAGUGCGCAGCUCCUCAGUCACGAACCUGGUGACCCUCCCUGCAUGCGGCGGCUGAACUUUGUGCGGCUCCUCAUGCUCUACACCCGCAAGUUUGAGUCCACAGACCCGAGAGAAGCCCUCCAGUACUUCUACUUCCUCAGGGAUGAGAAAGAUAGUCAAGGAGAAAACAUGUUUUUGCGCUGCGUGAGUGAGCUUGUGAUAGAGAGCCGAGAGUUCGAUAUGAUUCUUGGGAAACUAGAGAAUGAUGGAAGUAGAAAGCCUGGAGUCAUAGAUAAGUUUACUAGUGACACAAAGCCUAUUAUCGACAAAGUUGCUUCCGUGGCAGAAAAUAAAGGCCUGUUUGAAGAAGCAGCAAAGCUUUAUGACCUUGCCAAGAAUGCCGACAAGGUGCUGGAGCUGAUGAACAAACUGCUCAGCCCUGUUGUCCCCCAGAUCAGUGCACCGCAGUCCAACAAGGAGAGGCUGAAGAACAUGGCACUCUCCAUCGCGGAACGGUAUAGGGCUCAGGGAAUCAGUGCAAAUAAAUUUGUGGACUCCACAUUCUAUCUUCUGUUGGACUUGAUCACCUUUUUUGAUGAAUACCAUAGUGGUCAUAUUGACAGAGCCUUUGAUAUAAUUGAUCGCUUGAAGCUGGUGCCCCUGAAUCAGGAAAGUGUGGAAGAGAGAGUGGCUGCCUUCAGAAAUUUCAGUGAUGAAAUCAGGCACAACCUCUCAGAAGUGCUUCUCGCCACUAUGAACAUCUUGUUCACACAGUUUAAGAGGCUCAAGGGGACGAGUCCAUCUUCAGCGUCCAGGCCCCAGCGAGUGAUCGAGGACCGCGACUCUCACCUCCGAAGUCAAGCCCGAGCCCUGAUUACCUUUGCGGGCAUGAUACCCUACCGGACGUCUGGGGACACCAACGCGAGGCUGGUGCAGAUGGAGGUCCUGAUGAAUUAAGUGUGAUGCCUUGAGGCUUUGGCCGCCUGCUGUCAGUACCUCGGGUGCAGGGACCCGCAGGGUGGAGUGUCUGGUUUUGUUUCUGUUGUGUUUUGUUUUGGUGGUUUUUCAUAUUAUGUGUUUCUGUCAACACCAAUAAAUUUCUUUGAUUUGUA